AUGGGUGCAGAACCGGGAGUUCCGCCUAGGGCGAUGGUGCUGUGCGCGGAUUGGUGCAACAUUUGGGCAGGGAUUACGCUGGUGAUCUCCUUCUGCACCAUUGCCGGCGCCUUCACCUUCAACUGGUUCAAGAUGGAAGGCGGCUGGCACUCGCUCAUGCAGAUCACCAUGACCGUGGAGGGGAUCCUGUGGGCGAUCGCAGCUGCUCUCCUCGCGCGGAUCAACGUCAUCGUGAACAACGCCUCCGUGGCAGUUGGGCAAGUGAUCAUUUGCUUCGGCGGCAUCUUCUUUGCGAUUUCUGGCCUCCAGGAUGGCAUUCCCGGGAAUGUGAUCAGCCUGUCCUACGUCUUGGCCCCUGCGGCGAGCCAGAAGAAGUGCCUGGACCCGUCCACCUGGUCGCCUUCGAUGUCUGCCUCCUUUGCCGACGCAUGCCCUUACUAUGGCAUCUCUUGCUUCAUGGUGGCCACAGCCAUGGGGCUCCGUGGGGUUUGGGGGCUGCCGAAGACAUUUUGGAGCCCCUUCGGGGCGAUCGCCUGCUUCUUCAUUGGCGCAUGGACCAUCGGAGUGUUUGGGCUUUGGGGGCCCACCAUCCUGGACGGCUUCACCAAGUAUGAAGACUUGGACAACCCGAGCAUCGACAUGUACACGCAGAAGACGUUCUCGUGGGCCUGGGUGCACGUGAUGCAAGUCAUCGGCGCGGUGUUCCUGACACUGGGCGGCAUUGUCUUCGGAAAGUUGGACGACAUCUACCCCUGCGGCGGCUCCAAAGGUGCCGAAUUCGACAGUGAGGAUGACAGCUGCAGCGCUGUGGACAGUGAUCGCGCGUAG